UGACCUGCAUAACUGAUGGGUUCAUUGGUAUUUUAGUGGCAAAUAAGUUACUAAUAUGUCAUUUCGUAAGUAUGUGUUGACAUCAGCUAAGUGGGGGAAAAAGUCCAGACCACAUUCAUUAUUACCACAAUAAAUGAGUUAGAAACUAAUGGCACAGAUUUAGUAACGCAUGCAUGAGCAUUGAGAGCUACCUGUUGAAGGCCCGUCUCUGUCUCUGUCUGAACAAUGCACUCAUCCAUGCAUGCAUGUUCUGCCAUUUUUGCAUGAAUGCACAGAUAAGCUGAUACGUCUUGUGCUGUCAGCUAAAGAUCUGUACACACAGAGGAUAGUCUGAACAGGCGGGUAAUGAAGAGCCACAUCAGCAAGUUUUGUGCUAUAAUUGAAAUUCAGCAGUUUAUCGAGAUAUUUGUCACCUGUUCAUUUUUAAUUUUGCUUAAGUGGGCAUAUUUAAUAUGGUGAGGCAACUGUGCCGCGUUCAGCCACAACAACCAGUUUACGAUUGAGCUCAUGCAUUAGAAUUAAUAUCACAUGGUUUAUAUUCAGAUGCAGAAUUAGAUGUGUGCUCACUGUUUGUCCAGGAUUAUGUUUGCUUACUUGUUUCUAGUCUUUUCAAGUCCACUCAAAGGAUAAAUUCACAUAUGAGCCUCUACGUUCUUUUUCUUACAUCAUGGGCAGAACACAUUUUACAUUACAUGCUGUAGCUACUUAGUAACCUUAUUGUACAGAUGUGGUUGGGCACAGACCAUUUGAUUUGUGCAUCAUUUUCAACUUCUAAUGAUGAAAUUCAUGUUACUCACAAGUAGACCCUACUCGCUGACAAGAAAUAUGUAAUCCUGCAGUUACACGUGGAGUUGAGUUGACUCAGUGAGUAUCAGCCUGAGAUACAAUGGCUAUACUCUCAUUCUGUAUUGCUUCUGUCCUUGCUCUUUAAAAGAUUUUCCUUGUUGGUGUAAGUCUGAUUCCUAAACCAUUUCCUAAAGUCCAUCUCCAGACUCUAACCUUAUUUUUAGCUGAUGGUGUUGUUUAGCCUUUCCAACAUACUGACUUCAUCAGGAUUUUAAGAGUGGGGUGGAACAGAGGAGCAGCUCAUCAUGAUUUGCUGUGUUGCUCAGUAGUCACUCCUUAGGGGUGCUGAAAAAGUGUGGACUAAACCUUUAAACAUUCACUGAUAGAUUAAUCGUUUCUUCUCCCACAGCGCUCACUGGACUGUUUUUAAAUCCAGAACCUGAUAUUUCUUGUUAUGAUCUUGUCAAGAUCAAUCAGUAAAUCUGGAUUUAAAUGUAUCUACAUGGGCAAAGUAUUGUGCUUAGUGCAGCUCGUUUUAAAGCUGCUGCAUACAGUAUAUGGAUAUAAUUUCACAGUUCAGCUUUUGGAGAUGUAGCACUUUGAAAUCAGUGAAUAUCAUGUAGGCACAUCUGUACUGAUGCCUUUUAUUUCUAAGCUGGUGUUUCAAACCGGACUUGAAUAGUCUUCUUUCUAAUGUCCCUGUAAUAUCUCACGGUGAUCUCUCUCCCUCGUUGGUGUUGGAUUUAUUGCAGGGAAAAGUCAACCUGCUGACAGCUCUGCUGUCACACUGUGUUUUUUUAUCACCAGUUUGUUUCUUUUAUGUAAAUUAUCACAAGCUGAGAUUACUCUAACCUGCCUUAUUUUACAUUUAUUUCUCUGGGCAAGUCAUUCUUUUUUUGCAGCCAUGGCAACCUCUGCAUCCGUGUCAUCUGACUGCAUAGAUCCACACUCAGAAGCUGCCGAGCUUUGUUCUUCUGAGCCGACGGUCUGCGAGGAGUCAGAGACAACUGAAGGGAUGUCUGAGUCCGAGCAGUUCUUGAAGGGGACGUCACAGAUCAAGACUCUUUACCCCGAGGACAUUGAGGGCAUGAGAGUUGUAUGCAAGCUGGCAAGAGAAGUUCUGGACAUUGCAGCCGUGAUGGUGAAACCAGGCGUUACAACAGAAGAAAUUGACCACGCCGUACAUCUGGCCUGUUUAGCAAGGAACUGCUACCCCUCCCCUCUCAACUACUACAAUUUUCCCAAAUCCUGCUGCACAUCUGUUAACGAAGUCAUCUGCCAUGGCAUCCCAGACAGAAGACCCCUGCAAGAAGGAGAUAUCCUCAAUGUGGACAUCACUGUGUACCACAAUGGUUUCCAUGGCGACCUCAACGAAACCUUCUUUGUUGGAGAGGUGGACGAAGGAGCAAAGAAACUGGUUCAGACUACGUAUGAAUGCCUUAUGCAAGCCAUUGAUUCUGUGAAGCCUGGCAUUCGCUACAGAGAGCUGGGUAACAUCAUCCAGAAGCACGCUCAGGCCAACGGCUUCUCCGUGGUGCGCAGCUACUGCGGCCACGGCAUCCACAGACUUUUCCACACGGCUCCCAAUGUGCCGCACUAUGCCAAAAACAAAGCAGUUGGUGUUAUGAAGCCUGGCCAUGUGUUCACCAUUGAGCCCAUGAUAUGUGAAGGUGGCUGGCAAGAUGAGACGUGGCCAGACGGCUGGACGGCGGUGACCAGAGAUGGGAAGCGCUCGGCUCAGUUCGAACACACCCUGCUGGUGACGGAAACCGGCUGCGAGAUCCUCACCCGCCGUCUGGAAGACAACGGACGCGCUCAUUUCCUCAGCCAAAUGUAGACCGGACAGAAACGCACCAAGGACUGGACUUUACCAAACACACACACACACACACACACACACACACACCCAGCACUUCUGCAGCUCACACACAAACACACUCGCACACACACCCUCAGCACUUCUGCAGCUCACACACAGCACAUUGAAAAAUCAUGAGGCACCGCUCGUGGAGCUCUCAUGGCUUUCUGAAUUAAAUAUCGGUUCCUCAAAGUAAAUGGAAGUACUUGAAUGUGUCUUAUAUCAAAUGUGGAUUACUUUAUUAGUGAAAACUGUAUCCUCUGGAGGAAAUAUAAAAGUAUUUAUGAGAUUUGGUUUUGCUUAGUGGACAGGAUUGAUAGGCUCGUUUUCACCUCUGGGUCUUGUCAUGCCCAGAGCUGUCACAGGCUGUCUAGUUGUUGUUGUCAGUGGUGGGUGGAGCUCAGGGCAAAUUCAACUAGUACACCAUGCUUUGCUUCUGUUUUUUUUUCCCCCCAACCUCUGCUAACUUAAUCACAUGUCAUAUAAAUUUACCAGUUGUGGAGUGAGGAGAACCAGCAAUACUAGAGAGCAGAGUCCACAGAACACCAACAAGCAACUUAAAAUUUAAGCUUAUCAAAUUCAAGUUGGGCAACUAAGGCAGGUUCACGGCCAGAGAGCUAAAGGAAACAAUUGGUAUUGAGUUGAUUUACUGUUUAAUGAAAGACGAGGCUGAUUAGCUGACUACACUAUGUCAUCGUCUCAUUCACCUGUUGACGUGUCCAGUACAAGUGCUGUAACCUAAUUGUUAUGUCUUGAAUGUGGCUAUUAUUAGCGCUCAUCCGGUGAGGAAAUGGGCAACGGUUGCUAGGAGAAUUGUGACGUAGCCUCAAGAGCAUCUGUGCGGUUGUCCAGAAAGACAAUAAAGACCCUGAACCUCAAAGUGCUGGACUUUUUGGCCCUGCUUUGAGAAGUACUUUGGUGUCUCAUGUUUUCAAUAGCCCGGUUGUAGCAAAUUAAAAUGUGAAUCUAGAAAUUGAAACUAGCCAGCUAUCUCCAUCGGUGGCUCCCCUCUCCUUUUACUCUGCAGUAGUCACCAUUCAUCUCGAUGACGGGAUUUUCCUCGUGCAAGAAGCAGCAUUCGGUAUUUCUGUAUUUUCAGAGGACUAAUGUGAUCAGAGUUUCUCUGCCAUCUUUGUAUUUCUUCUAAUGGAGUAAUAAAUGACUCUUCUGUA